UCGUUUCAGUUUUCGUUGGCCCACACGCUGUAACGGACGUAUUUUCGCUCUGCUCGCGCAAAAAAAAACACAGAACUGAAAGAACUGUUUUUGAGGAACGAUUUGUGUGACGUUUUUGAGUUUUGAGAAUAAUAUUUGGAACUUUUGAGUGCUUUCGCCUCCCCCCCCGUGCUAGUAGUCUCUGCCAGUGCCCAGUGCCUAGUGCCCAGUGUGUGUGCCGCGAGUGUGUUAUUUUGAGUUAUCGCGAUUGCGGCUAAGUGCAAUUAGUGCCACAAAAUUUAGUGCAAUGAAUUGGGAAAUUGUGUGCUCUAGCCAGGCGCAUCAUUAGCAAAUGAAUUAUAUCAGCAACCAGCCGCACCAUCAAAUUCGAUUCAAAUUCACUUGUGUGUGUGAGAGUUUUUGAGAGUGAGAGUUACCAACUGUUUCCAGCUCCAAAUCUAAGAUUUCAUCGAGCCAAAGCCGGACAAUCUGCGGCCAGUCACAGAUUUGCUGCUGGGAAAGUGAGGAGUCAGCAGGGAGGACUGCAAUCCCACAGCAAAUGAAAUAAGCUGCAGCGGUGCAUGCAAAGCCGUCAACAAAGAAGAGUCUAAGCCGCAGCGAAACAGCAAGAACAACAAGAGUCAGGGAACGCGGAAAAUACACCUGAAAAGGCAGCAAAAACAGCAACAGGAACAACAAGAAACAGCACCAGAAACAGCUGUAGAACAAAGAGUAACAGCAAGAGGAACGGAAAGGAGUCGCCAGGAUUGCGUUCUUGUACUUUGGACACACGUGCGCCGCGGCUGCACCGGUGCCCGUGCCCGUGUCCGUGCCUGUGUCCCUGUCUGGCCUUGGUCCCGGUGCCAGCACAACCAUGAAGCUGUCCAAGCUGUCCAACCAAACGAACUCCCAGGAUCCGCAGGCGGUUAACUCGCGCAUCUUUGUGGGCAAUCUGAAUACCUUUCAAUGCUCCAAAACGGAUGUGGAGCGCAUGUUUCAGAUCUACGGGCGACUGGCGGGCAUAUCCAUGCAUAAGGGCUAUGCCUUUGUGCAGUUCACCAAUCCCUUCGAUGCGCGCAAUGCCUGCCACGGCGAGGAUGGCAAGACGGUGCUCAGCCAGACCUUAGAUGUCAACAUGGUGGCCGAGCCGAAGGCGCACCAAAUCGGCCGAAAGCGACAGAAUGUGAGCAAAACCGGCAACGAUUGGGACUACUUCUACGACAGCUACUGCUCCUCCACCCUGCUACGCGGCGGCGGCUCCAACGGAGUGCGUGCCAAGAAACGCAAGCGCCUGAUGACCAAUGGCAAUGGCCUGGCCGUGGCCGUGCAACAGCAGCAGCAGCAGCAACAUGGACAGCAUCAUCAUAGUGCGGCUGCCGCUGUGGCCGCAGCUGCAGCAGCAGCCGUGCAUCACCAGCAGCAGCAGCAGGCACAGGCGCAGGCACAGCAAGUGCAACAUCAACAUCAACAGCAGCAACAACAGCAGCAGCAGCAUCACCAUCAGCAGCAGGUGGCUGCUGUUGCCAUGGCGGCGAUGGCCAAUUUGUUGCCACAACAGCAGCAGCUGCUGCUGCAUCAGCAGAGUUUGCUCUCGAAUGCCGCUGCCACGGCAGCAGCCACAACAGCGGCGCCCGGCGCACUCCACUGGUCGCAAUACAAACAGGAGCAUCAGCAGCAGCAGCAGCAGCAGCAGCAGCAGCACUCCCAUCAGCAGCAGCAGCAGCAGCAGCAGCCCCAGCAGCAAUUUGGAUUCCAGCUGAAGAGCAGCGUGGCUGUCCAAGCGACGACAUCGCCGCAGAAUGCAAAGUCAGCAAUAAUUGCUAAUCAAACGUCGCUCGCCGAACAGUAUUCAGGCGUUGGCAGUGGAGCUGCUGCCGCUGCUGCUGCUGCUGCUGGGGUCGGGGUCUUUGCCCACCAGCAACAGCAGCAACAACAGCAACAAUUGGGCUGCCUGCUGCAGCCAUUAACGCUGGCGUUGUCCCCACAGCAACCGCAGCCUCAUCAGGCAGCAACGCCGCUACAGUUGCACAGCCAAUUGAUGCAACAGCAACAACAACAGCAACAAAGGGAGCAGCAGCAGCAGCAACAGCAGCAGCAGCAGCAACAACGGGAGCAACAUGCACAGGAGCAAUUAAGUUUGCAUCAGCAUCUGGGACCUUUCAAAGUGUACAGCAAUCCGGACACAUUAAUCUGCGGCAAUUGUCGGGAAUGCUUUGGCGAGCUGUCUGAGUUAUUGGACCACAAGAAAAGUUAUUGCAAGCUGAGGUUCACAUGCAAGUGCCAGGAUGUUGCCUUUGCGGCCAGUGCAAAGACAGCACCGUCGAGCGCCAAAUUGCUUUGCGCCGUCUGCAAGGAUGCCUUUGCCAAUCCCUGGGAUUUGAUGGUCCACGCACAGGCCGCGCAUAUGGUUAACAUUUACGAGUUGGGCUGCGAUGAGGCAGCAGGCCAGACCCAUGCCACCAACCACACGUUGAACAAUGCCACUGCCACGGCCAAUGCAACUGUGGAGAAUGGACACGCAAUGUUGCUGGCUGAUGAGGCUGCCACAAAGCAGUUGCCUCCUGCCGCCGCCGCCGCCGUCGCUGUCGCCUCAUCAACACUUAACAAGGAGCCAAAUAACAAUCACAAAAUUAGCAACAAUAACCACAGCAGCAGCAGCACAAUCAGCAUCAGCAAUGGUCACAUGUCGCCCACAGGCGAGGCCAUUGUGCUCUCCGCUUCGGUGGAGAAUGGCGCUGCCAGCGACACGGAGACAAACUGCUUGGCGGACAUCAAAUUCAGUCCCAGUUCCAGUCCCAAGGAGGUUGUAACACACUCUCUUUAUGGUUUUGCUGUUGCUCAAACGCUUCUCUUGCAGGACCAGCAGCGUGACGACUUGUCGCUGGACGGACGACUGUCCAGCAGCCACUCGGAUGAUGUGCACCUGAAUGGGAAGCUGCUGAAUGGCUCGGUAUCCUCGCGUGGCAGCUCCCCGGGUCUCGAGACGGAUGAGGCGCCAGCCGCCACACGCGCCUGCAUUGUGCGUACUCUGAGCAUUGAGACAUCUGGCCCUACUGCUACCCCAACUGCAGCCACUGCGCUGAGCCUGAUGUCCAAUAGCCUCGGGUUGGCUCUGGCCCCGCAAUAGGCGCCCAGAACUGCCUUUUGGAGUGUGGGUUUGGUGUGUGGGGUUUAUCCGAUACAAGUGCAAUUCUUCAGUAUUUUUGUAACAGACUAACCGGGAGGAAAGUGUACGUAAAAUACAGCAAAAGAACAUAUCAUUUUAAAUUAGCGAUAGGAAAACAAACAGAUAUAAACCCCGAUAUAAACGCUACGCUAGCUAUAACAAUUAUGUACGUACAUACAUAUAUACAUAAACGUUUAUGUAAAUGUACCUACAACAAUGUGUAAUAAUCGUAUUGGUAAUUUGAUGUGUUUUUGUUGUUCGCAUGUCCUUUGGGUUUAAGCGGGUCAAGCGAGGGGCAUUUGUUGGGGUUUCAGAAUGAACUGCAAAAAGUGAACGUACAGGUAAAAAUUAUGGAAGAGGCUUAAGAGCUGACAGGAAAAUGGGAGAAUGAAAACGGCAAAACGAGCUUUGUAAAUACAAACGAAAGAAUCAUGAAAGAUCAUUGUUAAUGCCCGGGCUUUAAUUGUAAUUUAUAUUUUAUUUUCCAUAUAAUUUAUUAACGCAGCGAAAGCCACGCAAAUUGUAUAUCAAAAGUAGCAUUAGGUGCAACAAGUGUUUCAAAAACCAAUUGAAGGCGAACUUGUGCGGCAGAGAGUGCGACGCUAUCAUAUAGUACCAUAAUCAAACUUAAUAACUUAAACUAUAAUACCCACAAACAUAUUGAUAUGUGCAACAAAAGUAGCCGCUAUGUAAAUAGGAUUUAAAUACUAACCCAAACAGGCAAAACAGAAAUUUGUAACAACAUUCAAUUCAGUGUCCUCCAGCUUAAGCAAAAUGAAAUGUAUUAAAUAAAUGGAAAUACCAAAUA